AUGGGAGAGAGGAAAAGCAAGACAUUUAGAUAUUUAGAACAGGGUGCAAGUCAGCAGAAUAACAGGGAAGAUGGUAGACAGUGGACCAAGAAGAAGAAUUUGAGAAAUUCAUAUUCGACAGCUAGUGCUCCUUAUCCUAAGCCUUCUGAUGAUAGUCAUUUUCAGGAUAAAAAUGGUCCUAAGGAACUUGGUAUUGCUAAUGUUAUUGUUGAAGAUCUUAGCAGGCUGUCCAUGAGUAUCUUAUCUCAUGUGGAUGAGGAGAAAAAAGUGCUGGUGAUGGAUAUUCACAAGUUGGCUAAUUUAGGAGUUUAUCUCUUGGACUCUCAAGAUAGAAGAGUGAUUGUUCAAGAAGUGGUUAAAUCAUCUCUUGAUGCUGAGGCAAAGAUGACUCUUUUUGAGGCUCUUUAUGGUAGAAGGUGUAGGUCUCUUAUUGGAUGCUUUGAGAUCGGUCAGACUUGGAGUCAUGAGAUUUGGGAAGAAGAGGAAGCUCCGCCUCAUUGCAUUAGUCUGUAUCGAAUUCUAAGGAUAAUUGGGAAUGUCGUAUAUGAGUUAUAUUUACCAACAAGUUUGGCUUCUAUUCAUCCUAUUUUCUAUGUGUCUAUGUUGAAAACGUGUGUGGAUGAUCCUUCUUUGAUAGUACCGGUUGUGGAUGUUGGUGUUGCAGAUUCUUUAUCAUAUGAGAAAGUCUCGAUUGAUACAUUAAAUAGGAGAGUUCGUAGAUUAAGGACAAAGGAUGUAGCUUCGUUAAAGGUCAUUUGGAGAAAUCAAAAGGUGGAAAAAGCUACAUGGGAAAUUGAUGAAGAUAUGAGGGCUAAGUACCCAUUCUUGUUCCACAUGUUAAAUGAAAAUGUUUAA